GUUUUUGCCAUUCUAGCGAAACAAACACACGUAGUACUGUAACUACUCACCACAUUACUCAGCCACCAAACACCAACAACAGAAACCUUCUUCAACCGCUUUUGCCUCAGUCAACUUCUCAAUCUCUCGUGCAUGGUUGUGUUGGCUUUGUUUUGGAGUUAGGAGGAAAACAAGAGGGUGGAAGCGUUUGGGAAGAAAAGGAGGGAAUUUUCUUACCUAAUUUGGGUGAAAAGCGUGGACAUGGACAGAUUUGGUAACUAGCAGAAGGGGUAUCACCAGAGGCACCGGUUGAGUUUAGGGUAAUGAUAGAAAGGAUGAAUGAUAGAUCACAAUCUGGUUGUUACUGGGUAGAGGAAAUUAAUGGAAAGGUUCAACAUUCGGUGAGAAAGAAAAGGAAAAACAACAAAUCAAAGAAAAAGGAAUACAAUGGAUGGGGAUCAACUUCCCUUAUUCAGUUUCUCGAAUCCAUUGGUAGAGAUACAAGCAACAAGAUAAGUCAAAGUGACGUCACUGAAAUUAUAAAUGAUUAUGUUAAGCAGAAUAACCUUUUUAAUCCUACAAAAAAGAAAAGAAUUCUCUGUGAUGUUAGGCUCCAGUCGUUGUUUGGAAAGAAGAGCAUUGGCCGGUUUAUGAUUAGUCGCUUGCUCGAGUCACACUUUCUAGAGAACUGUGGACAAUCUGAUGAUGAUCUUCUGUUUGACUCAGAAGAUGAUGAGUAUGCAUGUGAAGUCCCUAAACCAGCACCCUCGGAGAGGAAGAGUCAACCGAAGAAACAUGUUGUGGAAAAACCAAGAAGCUGUUUUGCCGCUAUCAAUCCUAUCAACAUCAAGCUUGUUUAUUUAAAGAGGAGUCUAGUUGAGGAACUCUUAAAGGACCUUGAAACUUUUGAGACCAAAGUAGUUAGAAGCUUCAUAAGAAUCAAGUGUGACCCAAAUGACUACCUUCAGAAAAACUCACACCAGCUUCUGCAAAUAACUGGUAUAAAGAAGAGCUCAGGAGUGGAUGGGGAAAUUCGCUUGCAAGCUUCUGGUUUCAUUAAAGACAUCAGCAUUAAUAUGCUAUCAGAUGAUAAUUUCACUGAGGCGGAGUGUGAGGAUUUGCAUAAAAGAGUAAAUGACGGCUUACUCAAGAGACCUAUGAUUGUGGAUUUGGAAGAAAAGGUUAGAGUGUUGCAUGAGGAUAUCACUAAACAUUGGCUUGCAAAUGAACUUGCUCUAUUGCAGAAUCUUAUUGACCGAGCAAAUGAAAAGGGUUGGCGAAGAGAAUUGGAAGGGUACCUACAAAGAAGGGACAAGCUUAAGAAUCCAGAGGAGCAUGAACGGUUAUUGCGUGAAAUUCCUGUAGUUAUUGCAGAAAAUCUAGAAUCAGAAUCUACGACACCAGAUGUUCCAGUUAAGAAACUCGAAACCAGUUUCCAAGAGUUUUCAGAGACUACCUGUGCAAAAGCAUCAUUAGUGACUGAGGUCCCAAAGGCAGUUGCAGAUGAUUCUGCAGAUGAUUUUUCAGAUGAAGAGGAAUGGUUAUUCCAUGGGAUUCCCCAAGUUACUCCAGGUUAUCUAGACUCUUCAGAAUCCAAAACACUAGAAGUUCCAGAACAGAAGGCAGAAAAUGAUAUGCAAGGUUUUCGGGAAGCUACUUGUACAAAAGAAUCUUUAGUGACCGAAGUUUCAAAACCGGUUGCUAAUGGUUUUGCAUGCAGGGCUACAAAACUGUAUCUUGCUGAUCAAACCAAACCAGAAAAUGAGUCACCAAAGUCGAUUCUCAAUCUUAGCGGACCAUCAGAAGUUCCUCUUUUCAGCAUGGAAAUUAAUAGCACUGCGCUGAAUUGCAUUUCUCGUGACACUUCUGCAGUAAACCAAUGGUCUAGCGUGUCUGUUCAACAGCAACCAGCAAAACCAACAAACUUCGCAUAUAAUGAUGGUCAACAGCAACCUGCAAAACCAACAAACUUUGCAUAUAAUGGUGUAUCUAUGCCAGCCAAAUCAAAUGAAGUUAAGAUUGGAGAUAAGAUCUCUCAAGCACCAACAGACAAUCAGGUACGGCCAGCUAAGAUUCAAAUUAUAGAACUGAGCGAUGAUGACGAUGAUGAGGAAAAAGAAAAACCAAGCACCAUACAACCUGUUCAUCAAAAACCAAGCACCAUAAAACCUAUUUAUGAAAAACCAAGCACCCUAAAACCAGUUCCUGCUGAGGAGUUACAAUCCUUGAUAUGGCAUUACAGAGAUCCUCAGGGACGGGUGCAAGGACCUUUCUCCAUAGUUGCUCUAAAAGGUUGGAGGGAUGCUCACUACUUUACUCCAGACUUCAAGGUUUGGAGGGCAGACCAAAGCCAAGACCAAAGUGUACUAUUGAGGAACAUUCUACCCAGAUUUUUUCCCUUUGGAUAAAAUUUCAUGAGGUGUCAGUAUAACGGGGAUGUCAGUUAUCAUAGUGAUGUUUUGUCAUACCAAUUUUGAUUUAUAAAAAAAUAUGAUGCUUUCUUAUCCUGGUCAAUAACUUGUUUUGAUUUUCCGGGUUUUUUCGGCACCGACGACCUGCUACUUAUAUCUGUAACUGGGCUGUCUUAAAUUCAAUCUGAUGUCUUUGAUCCAUGUUAAUAAUUUGAUUCUUUGGUAAACACCAAUUUGCAA